CGGAGGGCGAGACUUAAGGGCGGGCGGCGCGCGGGCAGCGCCAGGCGCCGAGGCGCGGAGCUAGGAGCCACGCCGAGCGGCGGCCACAGGCGGCCGGGCCCCCGCACCCAUGCUGCUGCCGCUGGCCGGGGGCGCGCUCUUCUUCCCCGGGCUCUUCGCGCUCUGCACCUGGGGGCUGCGCCGCGCGCGGCCGCAAUGGAGCGACUCGGACCGCGCCAUGAUCAGUACCAGGCUGGUCUCUUCGGUGCAGGCGGUGCUGGCCACCGGCUCGGGGAUCAUCAUCGUCCGCUCCUGCAGAGACGUGAUCACCGACAGGCACUGGCUGGCCCGAGAAUAUGUCUGGUUUUUGAUUCCAUACAUGAUCUAUGACACCUAUGCCAUGUACCUCUGUGAGUGGUACCGAACCAGAGACCACAGCUGCAGAUACUCCUUCACCGUUUUCCGAAGCUUCCUAAGUAAAAACCGCCUCAUGAUCACGCACCAUGCAGUCAUUCUGUUUAUCCUUGUGCCAGUUACGCAGAGAUUUCGAGGAGAACUUGGGGAUUUCUUUGUUGGCUGCAUCUUCACCGCAGAACUGAGCACUCCGUUUGUGUCACUGGGCAGAGUUCUGAUUCAGUUCAAGCAGCAGCACACCCUCCUGUACAAGGUGAAUGGAAUCCUCACACUGUCCACUUUCCUUGCCUGCCGAAUCCUUCUGUUCCCCUUCAUGUACUGGUCCUAUGGGCAGCAGCAGGAACUGAGCCUGUACCGAGUGCCAUUCCACAUCCCUUUCUACUGCAAUGUGGCCAAUGCCUUCCUCAUCGCUCCCCAGAUCUACUGGUUCUCUCUGCUGUGCAAGAAGGCAGCCCGGCUCUUUGAUACUCCCCCUGCCAAAAAGGAUGGUUAACUGCUGCCAGGAGUCAGUGAGGGUGCUACCUCAUCUGCUCACUGUUCCAUGGACCAAACUGCCCUGGGUAACCUCACCCUUUUGAGUAUUGGUAAGCAGAUGGGUUUGAGAUUUUUUCUAAACAAUGCACACACACACACACACACACACACACACACACACACACACACACACACCUUUUUUGCAAAAGCACUUUUUUCUUAGUAAAAACUCUUAAAUCUUGUUAGACCUCCAUUGGCAGCAUGGUGGUUUCAAUGGGGCCAGCGACCCUUCCCUGGACCUUUAUCUCCAUGGUUCCAGGAGGCAGAAGCAUGGAGUGUGAAGAUAGGUGAAUAGGGUGACUAAGUGUCUGGACCCCAGCCUGGCCCUGCUAUCAGCAGCUCCCCAUCUUUCCACUCAGGACAGCAGCCACACAUGCUGGGCCAGCAAAGGCCAGCGGUGGCUCUGAAAACACUUUGUAGUGAUGGCCUUGACAACUUAACUGUGGGCGGGUCCUUUUAUAUUGUUUACUAAACACCCACCCGUUCUUUGCCUCAUCCUCAUCCUUGUGCCAACAGUAAAUCCUGGUCCGUGGAUUUUUUUUUUCCCAUCAGAGGUCUCAUGGGCCAGGGGUGGGCAGCAGGGAAAGAACCUGAAACACUUGGGUAAGUGGGGGACCCGAUGGUCAGUAAGACCAGCGUCAAACACAUGAGCUUGUCAAAGUAUUACUCCUUUCAACGUGUCCCCCACAAGCUCAACUCUCCCCAUAUCCACAAGCACAGGGUACUCUCAAACCUCCUGGGGUUCAAGUGAUGACUUUGGUAGUUCUUACUUGGGGAACCCCACCACUUGACAUUGUCCUUUUCACAUGAAGUAGAAAUGGACUUCUCUACUCGACUGUGAGCUCACCCAGCCUGCCCUGAUAAAGCGCUCGCGGCCCAGGCACAGCCCGUUCGUGUGCACUGACCCAGCCACAGAAGGGCUGUAGAGUGCGGGCCAGCCCUUGCAGAAUGCGACCCAGGGCCAGACUCCUCCGCCCUCUGGCUGCAGACAGAAUCCUCCGGUGCCAAGAAACUGCAUUACCACGAAGUUUUCAAAUGAUAAUGAAUUUUUUAAAAAGUGCCUUUUAAUUCAUUGUUGUCCAUGAAUUUUAAAGUUCUGAAUAAUAGUGUUUCAAAUUUGGACUAUUUCAGCCUGUCAUGGGUUCCACGUAAAAAAUAGAAUUUUUUUUUUUACUGU